AUGCUUGUCUUCUCCUCCUUUGUGCGCGGAGGCAUUGGCAGUCACUCACCCGGCAAUGACUGUCACACCAGCGCUAAGAGCCAGCCGCCGACAGGGGCCAACCACAUCAAACAGCCAUGUCGAGGGGCCCCGCUUGUGAACCGUGGCAACAAACACCUCCUGAUCCUCACCUACAGCUCUGCACCAGACGCCUAUACCGCUGAGAUCCACUGA